CUGGCCCAAAGGAUAGUGCCACUCACUUUUCACUGUUCACCCUCUUCUCUAUCCUGGUAGCUAGCUUUGGUUCAGUUGAAUUUCAGUGCGUGUGAUCUUUGUCAUUUCUUCUUGUUCUUCCGAUUGGCCUUCGACGAAUUUGAACCCGAGGUGAACGAUGUCGUAUAUGAGAGGAGAUUUGCUCACGAAAACUCGAAAGCUCGUUAAAGGGUUUGCUAAAGCCGAGCCUUUAUGGCUAAAGGCCAUGGAAAAGGCGCCGCCUGCUACAUUUCCACGCGCGGAGAGUAAGCUCAAGCAGAUUAGUUUGCCGGAGGAUGCUUACGUGAACAAGUUCUUCCAAAAGCAUCCGGAUUCUAGGUUUCAAGAUUCUAUCAAGAUAUCCGGUUUUGAUCCACCUGCAGCCCGUGUAUUUGCCUGGAGAGUGCUUGAAUUAAAGGAGCAAGGCACUGGUGAGGAGGAAGCUCUGGCGGUGGCAGAUAUGGAAUAUCGUGCUGAAAGAAAAUCCAAAAAGAAGGCAUAUGCUCGUUUGAAGCAAAUCGCAAAGCUUCAGGGGAAAAGGCCCCCUCCGAACCCUUAUCCAAGUGCUGUCAAGGAGAUUCAAGCCGAAGAGCGUAAGUUUGUUCGAGACCGGUUUAAAAAUCCUCAGACCCUUCAGAUUGUGGAGCAACUUAAAAAGGACAGGGCUCAAGAGAUGAUGGCCAGAAGGGGAGGGUUUUCUGGCCAGUGAAGUGGCUGAUAUGAUCCCAAUAUGGAGAUUCUAAUAUUGAUUAUCCGAGCUAAUACUUCAUUUUAAAUAACGUCCCAGACGGAUUUUGGGUGGAGUGGAAUUGUUUGAAACUUUUAUUCAUAGAUUUUUUCUAGUGUAACAAAUCGUUUGUUGAGCUGUACGCGAAAAAAUGCCUUCAUAUUGGCUCUAGUUAUACCUUAUUUUGUUGCGUGGACGUGUUUAUUGAGCUGAUUUUGAGCCCUGGAAAAAAUGUAUUUUGCACAGUCAUCAACUAUGUUUAAUCUUGGUGUCUAUGAGUUUUGCUAACUUUCAUUAGUAGUUUUCUUUGUAGUUUGACAAUGCAAAAUGCUUCAAAGGAGGAGAAAGAAGACAGACG